AGAAAUAUCACCCACAACAAUACAUGAUAGAUUCACCUUUUUAACAACUUCCGUUCAAAAAAGCCAUGUGGAUGGCGGGUUGAAAUGAAAAUUUAAACAUAGCUAUUAUAUCUAUUUCAAAAUGAAGAAAGUGUCUGCAUUUUCUGUUUUUCGUUCACGUAAGGAAAAAGGUGACACACCUAAAGUGAGUUAUGAAGAAGAGAAAGGAAAUAUAAGGAGAGCUUCUAGUACACCAAUUAUUAAAACUGAUGAUGGCAAGAGUGCUAAAGGAAAAAAACUUCUGAAAGUGUUGAAAGGUGGUAGCUUAAGGCAAAGUAUGAGAGGUACCCCAAAAUCUAGGCCAUCGAUCUUAAAGAUGGUGGAUGAUCAAGGUGUAGCAGGGGACUCAGAUUCUGUCACCUUGACCAGUGUCAAAUCUAACCCAGAUCUGUUGACUGUUACUUCAACAUCUGGUAUGGUCACUAGAAAAAGAUCUCCAAAGACUACAGUAGUUAGCAGUGCUACCAAUGACACACCAUCUUUGCCAAAAGUUUCAAUCAGUAAGCCAGCUAGAAUUGGCCUUCCUCCAAGAAGUCAAAAACCAACAAACCCUGGAUCACAAAAUUCUCUAAAUAUUAUUAAAACAUCUCCUAAAUCAAAAUCUUCACCAAAUCUUGGAGUAGCUGCAUUACAAAUUGCAAGGCCUUUGAGUACAGAGAAAUCUGGGAAAAGACAACGUGAAGAUGGAGACUCAGAGCCAAGUAAAAAAAAGAAAACUGGUAAAGAAGACAAGAGUAUGGAGGAUAUAGAACAAGUGAUGAGUUUUACUGACGAGAACAACACAGGAGUGUGGGACCAUAACCUGCCUUACAUGUUCAACAGUACGGAGGAAGCCAAGAAAAUAUUUGAGUGUCUUAUUCACCCCAUCAAACCGGAAAAGUUCUUCAAAGAGCUUUGGGAGAGGAAACCUUUGUUAGUUAGAAGACAUUUAGAGAAUUAUAAUGAUGGAUGGUUUAGUACUGCAGAAUUAGAUAAAAUUUUAAGACAGGAGAAUAUUCACUUUGGUGUGAAUUUAGAUGUGACCACAUUUACUGAUGGAAAACGUGAAACUCACAAUCCUGCAGGACGAGCCCAUGCUCCUGUUGUAUGGGAUUUUUAUCAGAAUGGUUGCUCAGUUAGAAUGUUAAACCCUCAAACAUAUUCCAGAAAUGUUUGGAAAUUGUUGUCAGUUUUACAAGAAUAUUUUGGGUGCUGUUGUGGAGCUAAUGUGUAUUUGACACCACCAGGAACACAAGGCUUUGCUCCACAUUAUGAUGAUAUAGAAGCAUUUAUUCUACAAUUAGAAGGCAAAAAAUACUGGCGAUUGUAUAGCCCUAGGUCUGAUGCAGAGACAUUGCCAAGAACAUCCAGUGGUAACUUUUCUGAGGAUGAUAUAGGAGAACCUAUAUUGGAUGUUGUACUAGAACCUGGUGAUCUGUUAUACUUUCCAAGGGGAGUCAUCCAUCAGGGUAAAGCUUUAGAAGAUACACAUUCAUUACAUAUUACUGUUUCCUGUUUCCAGAAAAAUACCUGGGGAGAUCUCUUAGAAAAGUUAAUGCCAAGAGCCUUACAGGUUGCAAUAGAAGAGGAUGUUGACUUUAGAAAGGGUCUUCCUAGAGAUUACAUGGAUGUCAUGGGAAUAGCAAAUUCUGACAUAGAUAAUCCCCAAAGAAAGGUAUUUUUACGUAAGAUUCAGCAGUUGAUGACAAAAUUGAUCAGUUACGCACCAGUGGACUCAGCUUGUGAUCAGUUAUCUAAACACUACAUACAUGAUAGCUUACCACCUGUACUGUCUGAAGCUGAAAAAUCUUGUAGUGUCCAUGGUGAUGGAGAACGAUGGGAGAAAAGUAAGAAAUGUGUUGUUGGUACAGCUGAGAUGGAACCUGAUACACAGAUUAAAAUUAUUCGUAAAGGAGUUCUUAGAUUAUUAACAGAAGAUGAUGAUGUCAGAAUUUAUCAUUCACUUGACAAUUCUCGUCUCUACCAUGGAGCUGAUCCUCAAUAUAUAGAAAUAUCUGCAGAAGCUGGACCUGCAGUAGAGUACCUCCUACACUCCUAUCCAGAGUAUGUUGCUGUUGACAGUCUUCCUUUAGGAACAUUGGAUGAAAAAAUUGCCAUAGCAUCAGUUUUAUAUGACCAUGGAUUACUACUGACAAGUGAACCUUUAGAUCCAAUUGACGAUGAGGAAAGCUCUGGGGAACCUGACAAUUGUUGAUUAUAAAACUUACAUCAUGACCUUAAUGGCCAUCUGAGUGGAAUCUCUCCAGGGCUUGAUCGUGGGAAAGGAAAUUAUACUAUCAGAAAACCCUCCCCACAGCUUGUCCUUACAAAAGGCAAUAAUACUACCAGUUGAUCCAGAUUUCAUGUAGCCAUGUAAUGCAACAAAAGAUUAACGUUUUCAAUGAAAUAUUGGUACUGUAAGUCCUGCAGUCUGGUUUCAGGAAGAAAUCAAAGCGUUAGAGAAGCGGCUUUUUAUUUUUUUGCUUUUUUGAGCUUUUUAAAUGGUAAUCAUGCUGAAGAGCUUUAUAUUUUUUGCCACGGAAUAGGUGAAAACUAACAAAUGUAGUGACAAUAUUGUUUUGUUUUAGUUAUCUUUGAAGAAUGAGAUUCCUUUUAUAUUUUGCAAUACAUGUAUAUAAGGAGUUAUUUUUUUUAUUAAAGUCAGUACAAUAAAGUUUAUUUAAAAAUUGAUAUAAAAAAAAAAUCAUUUUGUAUACACUUCUUGUCCUGAAUGUUACAAAAGAGAAAUCAGUAAACAAAGAGAAAAAGUAAUACAUUAAAAACAAAAUUAUCCGAACAUGCAUGCCAGGAUGUUUUAUUAAACCUUAUUUUUUAGUAGAAUGUGUAUAAACAGAUAUUGUUUAAAAUUUUAUUAAGAAUUUUAUUUAUUUAUUUGACUUCAAAACAAAGAGUAUAUUAUUUUAUGGAUUUGUAAUGAAAAAUUAUUUCAUUGAAGAAAAAUGAUAGAAUUGUAAUGUUGGACUUAUUCUGUAUGUAACAUGAUACAAAACUGGUUGUGAUUCAACAUUACUAUAAUUUGUUUCAUUUGAAUAUGAGAUUUUAUAAUUUAGAUUCUUAUUUUGAAGCAAGGGCCUUCAAACCAUCAAACUUUUAUUUCCAAAUAAAUCAUUUUUAAUACAAAUGUCAAACUUUUAGCUGAAUUGAUAGAAAUAACUUACUUAGAGCAUUAUAUUAAAGUUAGAUUUUAACAUUUCUGAAACACUUUACUCAAAUGUUUAUUUUAGAACUAGGAAGUCAUUUUCACUUUUUGACGCCUGUU